AAAAAAAACCGGAAGUUUAUUCCCGAGGAAAAGGGCUAGCUUGGUAGCUAAAAAAGUUAACUGGCUCCGGUGAAGUCAUAGACACUUCUUAUUUGACUUUUUAAGCCUUAUCAGGUCGCAGUAAAAUGCCGGGACCAGCAAACAUCGUCGCUAUGAAAAAAGUUGUUCAACAGCUGCGUUUUGAAGCGGGUAUACAUAGAGUAAAGGUGUCUCAGGCCGCUGCAGACCUCCAGCAGUUUUGCCUUCAGAACGCCCAGCAGGACCCUCUGCUCACCGGCAUGUCCUCCAGCAACAACCCGUUCAGACCGCAGAAGGUCUGCUCCUUCCUAUAGUACCACAGGCUGUUUUGGACAACGUGCCUUGUUAAGCUGAGCUGCAGGAUUCUUCAAAAUGGACUGGAAUUGUCUCAGGAGUCUUGGAAAUUUGAGCCAGGACUCUCACUUGAGCUUUUUUAACUUUAACCUUAUCAUAAAACUUUUUUGGUGCAUAAUAAAUGUCUCAGCCUUCCUGCAUAGAACUAACACAUAUUGUGCCUUCUGAAAUGUAAAUGUUUAAUCUCUAAAUAAAACUAAACUGUUUCCUAAUUUUUAGUUGCAAAGCUCCAUGUUUGUUUUUCUAUUGCCUUGACAAUGUAACUUAAAAGCAGCUGCCAAGAACAGACAAGAAAAUUAUUAUUUUGUGGUGCACAACUGUUUAUAGAUCUUUGCAUGGUAAACCAUAUAGAAAUGAGGGAUUCAGCCAAUUAAUUUAGAUUUCUUUUGAGUGGGGAUGCGUCCUUGAGGGCCGGUGUUCUGUCAGACGAGCAUAACCAAUCAGACCAGCAGUCAAUACGCAUGCACAAGAUGUCAGAUUUGCGUUUAUCCCUUUAGUUUUGUACAAAAAAUAGACUUUUAAACUGAAGGGGUGUGCAUUCCUUAAGUCAUACAAAAAAUAAUAAUUUAAGGUGAGAUUGCCAUAUGCUUCAAAAAACACCAAAAAUUCAUUUUUUAGUACAUGAUUAAAGGGAUACAAACCAGUUGAGGUAGUUUUAAAGUGUAUUUUUCAUACAAAACUAAAGGAAUAAAUGGGGAUGUUCAUCUAACACCGGCGCUCGUUAGAUCAGCAUACUCAUAGUGUGAUCUCUGUUGAUCCCUUUAGCUUUGCAUGAAAAAUACACUUUCAACUACCUCAAUGGGCGUGUAUCCCUUUAGUCAUGUACUUAAAAAAAA